UUUACAUAUGCAAAUAUACAAAGUCUAAAAGCUGUUAAUAUUGUUAAGAAAAAGAAAUCCACAAGUGGAUAAUUUAACGCCGUCAGCACACGAAACAGAGACUCCCGUCAACCUUCCGUCUCCUUUUUUUUUUUUUUUUUACACUGCUUUCUUCACUUCAUAUCUCUCUUCAUCUGCUUCAAAGAAAAGCUUCGAUCUUUUCGUAACAUGGAAACUUAUUUCUUUUAAUCUCUUACCCUACAAAAUCUCUAAUUCCGGUAACUGCAUCAACAAAAACGAAACUCGUACAUGAAAGAUUCGGAUUCGUUUCUUCUGGGCAUCGGAUUCGGGGCUUUUUAUUCUAUUACUAAUGUUAGUCAAAUGAGGGUUUUGUAGUGCUUGCUGCUGUUUUUCUUUCUCUAGUUAUGGCUAUCAGAGGCGUGGAUUUCAAGUGGUACGAUGGUUUCUUCUUGUCCAUGUUGGCAACAAGCGUAGUCAUUGUUGCAAUCAAUUGGAAACGAUAUCAUCAUUGUACCUACCCCUUGCACAUAUGGAUCGUGGUUGAUUAUACUACUGUUUUUGUUUUUCGCCUGUUGAUGUUCAUAGAUAAUGGACUUGCUGCUGGAAUGGGUUUGGAUUUUGGGUGGCAACAGAGAUAUGCCCGUUUUUGUGGAAGAAUUGCGGUUCUCUCAAUUCUUUCUCUAUUACUCUAUCCAUUUCUUUGGGCUUGGACUAUAAUUGGGACACUCUGGUUCACGAGUGCAAGAGAUUGUUUGCCAGAAGAGGGUCAAAAAUGGGGUUUUCUUAUUUGGUUGGUUUUCAGCUACUGUGGACUCCUUUGUAUUGCCUGCAUGUGCAUGGGAAAGUGGCUGACUCGAAGACAAGCACAUCUAUUGCGUGCGCAGCAGGGCAUUCCUAUUUCAGAAUAUGGGGUUUUGGUCGACAUGGUCCGGGUACCAGAUUGGGCAUUUGAAGCUGCAGGUCAAGAAAUGAGAGGUAUGGGUCAAGAUGCUGCGGCAUACCAUCCUGGACUCUAUUUGACUCCUACACAGAGAGAAGCAGUGGAGGCACUCAUUCAGGAACUUCCAAAGUUCAGGCUAAAGACUGUUCCAACUGAUUGCAGUGAAUGCCCUAUCUGCCUAGAAGAGUUCCAUGUAGGGAAUGAGGUCCGCGGCCUGCCUUGUGCUCAUAAUUUCCAUGUAGAAUGCAUUGACGAGUGGCUUCGACUGAAUGUGAAAUGUCCACGCUGUCGUUGCUCAGUUUUCCCAAACCUUGACCUCAGCGCCUUGUCCAAUCUUCGUGCUGAUCCUGAACGGCCUCCUGCUGCUGAUGUGACAACCAAUCGUUAUGUGAGAACCCAACCUUCCAGCCAGAGCUAUCUGUUGAGAUUGCAGGGUCUGCUCCGGCCAAUUCGCACUGAGGAUGCAGGGUCUUCCAGUGAUGUAGAUGUUGACUUGGAAGCCGUUGAGCAUGGACGUGAAGUUGUGGCAACCAGAGAGGCAAUGGUUAUGGAGCCAGUUUCUUUAGUGGGAAGCAUGCUCGUUGGUCAAUCCUCCCCACCCCAACACUAGUCUAUUAACCUACUUCUAACCUGACGCAAAGAGAAGCUGAAGGAGUUUUUCCAUGGCCAUUAGCUAGUUGAACUGGUUCUCACUUUAAUUGAAAAAAAAGAAAAAAAAAAACUCAUUCAUCAAAAGCGCCUUACGAAUAGAAAAAUCAGUGAUGAUAUUUCAUCUUUUUGUUUGGGCAAGAGGGAGAAAGUCCAAGUCAUGUUUGUUGAUGGCCACUGCUUAAUCACUUUACUAAUUUCAUAGUUAUAUGAAAGGAGAAUCAUUCUCCAUCAGCUAGCACAUGAAUCUGUAUGAAUAGGUAAUGAUUCCUUUGUUGAUGCUCA